AUGGUGAGGGACUUAGUUACAUCUUUGCAGAGCGUUCUGACAGAAUACCAGUCAAUAAAGGGAGAGUUCUUGUCCGUGCGACCAGAAUUCCGACAACGCCUGCAACACUAUACCCCACACGUCAAAGAAAUUGGCUAUACAUCUGGGAAACGCUUCGAUCAUCGCUCGCUUCAUGCGCUACACACCUCGACGGUACCUCUACCCCUAUUUCCAAAUGUCGUCGAAGUGACAUUGCCCUGCUUCUCUGAGCGCCCCCUAGAAGCCAUCUUUUAUCCGGCUAUUGUGCUCUCACCUUCCAUUCGUGUUGUCAGAAUCUCGACCAAUGAAAUCGACGCUGCGCUGACUCCUGGCGUUACCGAUUUGGAUAACCCAUGUUGGAAGGCCCUCUCAGACAGGCUCCAAGCGUAUGCCCAGAACAUCACCUCAUUUACCAUUUACAACCACUUUUGCGGUGGUGCGAGGCUAUCCUCCAUUGACUGUCUUCUUCGACAUUUCACCGCCCGUUUAACUUCACUUUCCAUCGACUACCUGGUUCUUCAGCCUGAAACGCUCCCUGUUCUCAGCCGAUUUGUCCACCUCAAGACAUUAUCAGUGACAGUGGACGAUAGCCUGUUGUCGGUUCACCUCCCAUACGACCUUUUCUUUCCGAAGCUGGAUUAUUUGGGCCUUUCAGCGACGUCUACAGCUGGCCUGAAUACAUUUCUUCGAAAACUCCGCGUCCCCUCCCUCGAACAGUUCACAAUCGAGUUCCACGUCUCCAUCUUCCAUAUCACCGUCCCUGAAGACUGCGACGCUCACCCAGUAGUUCGUUUCCAAAUCACAGGCGCUACGCUAACUCCUUUCCUCGCCUGCAAAGAUAUGAAAGAAGUCCGCAUUCUCAAUUGCUUGCCACCGGAAAUCGAAGAUUCCGUUCUGGCCGAUCUUUUCUCCGCCUGGCCAAAGUUGACGGACUUCAACCUUUAUCCGGCUGAAGGCAAUGAAGCUAUUUAUCGGGGACCCCUCACAUUAGCAGGAGUCCAUGCUGCGAUGCAGCACUGUCCCAACCUCGGGUCACUCGUCCUCCCCUGCGACGCUCGCCUGGUUCCUUUCCUGGUCAAAUAUGACAACGAUGACGACGAGGAAGAGGAAGAGGACAACUACCGUUUUCUGCGUUGCUGGGGACUGUGCAACUCGGCAAUCACGUCCGGUCAGCAGGUUGGACGCUUUCUGCGUAGGUUUUACCCCGAGUUGCAGUUGACGCUCCCAUUCUCCGAGUUCCGAACCAAGCUGCGAAAGAAUCGUUUAGAACCAGUUGAUCCAGCGGCCAUUGAGGCCGCGGUUAUGGUUGGCCAGUGGGCCGAUGUAAUUCGUCUUGUGAAGGGUCACUCCCGAUUAAUAUGA